AGCCCAGCCCACUCCACUCCUUCGUCAUCCCCCUUCUUUGACUUCGCUUCUCAAAUCCCUCUUCUCCUCUCCUCUCUCUUGUAGAUUUUUCUCUCUGUUCUUCUUCUUCUAAUCAAGUCCCAACCCUCCUUCUCUCUUUCUCUUAAUUUAAUCCAAUUUCAAAAACCCAGAAAGUUUCGAUUUCCUUGAAAUUUUAGGGUUUUGAAUUUGAUCUCGCCGAAUCGGUGAUGGUCUCUGAGGACGGCUUGGUCUCCGCUUUCUGCGACGGCCACUUCUGGCAGCCCGGGUUUCGGUUCCACCCCACCGACGAGGAGCUCGUCCUCUACUAUCUCAAACGGAAGAUCUGUAAGAAGAAGCUCAAGCUCAACGUCAUCGCCGAGACUGACGUCUACAAAUGGGACCCCGAGGAGCUUCCUGGCUUGUCUAUAUUGAAAACUGGAGAUAGGCAAUGGUUCUUUUUCAGUCCGAGAGAUCGCAAGUACCCUAAUGGUGGGGGUAGAUCAAACAGGGCAACCAGACAUGGGUAUUGGAAAGCAACUGGAAAAGAUCGCAACAUCACCUGUUAUAACCGAUCAGUUGGACUGAAGAAGACCUUAGUUUUCUAUAAAGGCCGUGCACCUACUGGGGAGCGCACUGACUGGGUGAUGCACGAGUAUACCUUGGAUGAGGAGGAGUUGAAGAGAUGCCAGAAUGUACAGGAAUAUUAUGCUCUUUACAAGGUUUUCAAGAAAAGUGGACCUGGUCCUAAAAAUGGUGAGCAAUAUGGGGCGCCAUUUAGAGAAGAAGAUUGGGCUGAUGAUGAAUGCCCAAUAAUAAAUAGCUCAGCUGAUAGGGGAAUCUCAGUUGAGCAAAUUGGAGAGGUUGUUGCUAAUUAUAAUGCAAAACCUUUUGGAGAAGUUCCAUUGAAGCAAGUCGAACAGAUUACUGCUAAUGGUUAUGCAAACAAUAACAGUGAAGCCCAUUCUACAAUAGAUGACUUGGAAGAGUUCAUGAAACAGAUUGCUGAUGACGCUGUGCUUGACCUGCCACAGAUUGAUGAUCUUGUUCACUCCCUAUCUCAGGUUGUUAGUGAAGAAGAAACACAAAGUACUGUGGUGGAUCUGUACUCUAGUGAAGUGAAGUGUCCACAAUCACAUACAACAUUUGAUCCAAGUGGUCAGCAGGGAAAUGAAUAUGCAAGCUUUGACUUCACCCAGUCAGCUACUUCACAGACCCAACUGUACGAGGCAUCUGAAGCAUCUGCUUCUGACGUUCAUAAACUGGAGUCUUUCACUCCCAUACUACGUGAAGAGGAUUUCCUGGAGAUGGAUGAUCUUCUCGGUCCUGAACCUACUGUUUCAAACACUGGGAAUUCUGGGGGUAACUUGCAGUUUAAUGAGCUGGAUGGAUUUGACUUGUUUCAGGAUCCAGCCAUGUUUUUUAAUGAGAUGUGUCCCAUGGAUCAAGGCAAUGUUUCUCAUCAAUUCAUGAAUUCAAUGGGGAGUAAUGUUGUGAACCAAUUUGAUUACCAGAUACAACCAGCACCUCUACAGAUCAACCAUCAGCUGAAUCAAGAGUCAACUCAGAUUAACAAUCAGCUAUGGGUGCAGAAUGAAAGGCGUGAUUUUUAUACUUCAACAGAAACAACAAAGGGGUCUGGACCUCCUUUCACCUCAGGUGUGGUACACGACUCGUCAAAUCAUUGUCCACAAGAAAAUCCAAAUCAAAAUGGCAAUGAAGCUGCCGGUGUUACUAGUCAGUUUUCUUCUGCCCUAUGGUCUUUUGUGGAAUCUAUACCUACUACUCCUGCAUCUGCAUCGGAGAAUGCCUUGGUGAGUCGGGCCUUUGAACGGAUGUCUAGCUUUAGCAGGAUGAGAAUAAUUGCGAGGAGCACAAAUGUCCCUGCCGGUAAGGAUUCUGAAACUAUGAGGGAAUCCUGGAAGAGGGGAUUCUUCUUCCUUCCAGUUCUUGUGGCACUAUGUGCUAUUUUUUGGGUGUUGAUGGCAUCUCUCGGGCAAUGGGGGAGAUGCAUCUCCUCAUGAGUCGGUAAGUGGAAGAGAGAGGGGAAGUUUUGUUGCUACACACCUCCUUGGAAAAGUUGAUUAUGUUAUGAAUGAAACUAUAGGAUGCUAAUGACCUAUAUGAUAUUUGAUUGUAAAGGGUGAAUUUUUCUAUUCUAAUUCUCUUUUGUAUAUAGAAAAAUCUCGACAAGCUGUGUUGUUUUGCGGGCACUAAAGUAGCCUGCAACUCUUACACCUACACAUUUUCCUGACCAUAAUAUGCACCUGCGCUCAUGGAUCUCAUGUAUAGAUUUAGAAGUUUGAAGCACGAUUACUUAAAUUAAGUCAUUGUAGGCGCUAAACCAUUUUGCCACCGAAGUCUGCUGGUAGUUUUGUUUCU